AUGAACUCUAAUGAUAAAAAUUUAUUUACAUAAGCUAAUUAAUAUUUGUAUCCUGGACUAACCUAUAUUAUAAGAUUGUCUAUAGAAGUAGAUGGAGAAUAGUAUAACCAAUACACAAAUAACAAUAAUUUUGGUAAUCUCUAUAACUUUUUAGUUUCACCUUCAUAAAAUUUUAUUUCUUAAACUCCGACUCAACUUUAUUCUAUCAACUUUCCCUUUAUUUUAUGGUCUGCAAAAGAUAUAUCUUUUAGUGGUAAGUAAGAAAUAGAAUUGGAAGCUAUUUAGAUUUAUUUAGCCUAACUUUAUACUUUAAAAGAAAGUUAAUAUAAAAUAUAUAAUGGUUGUAAAGAACAAGGAAUGGAAAAACUAUGUUUAGAUAAAUAUUCAAGCACUCAAUUCGUGUGUUAAUACUGUGAAUAAAUGAAGGUAAGCUACUAUGGAGUAUGUCAAUAAUGUUAAGUUGAAUAUUUUUAAUAAUGUUAUGGAGAUUACUCUGAGCUAAAAUCAUCAUAUUGGAGAUCAAUAUAUUCAGUAGAGCCUUAAGAUAUUUACUAUUGUUCUAAUAAUCCUUCAAGUUGUUUAGGAGUGGAAUAGGAAAUGAGCUUUGCUAUGAAGGUCAUGUAGGAGCCUAAUGUUUGA